AUGCGACGAAAAAGAGCGAAAAGUUCGAACCCAACCAACGGGAACGUCAUAGUCUAUCCAGCCAAUGUUGCUUCAAUACAGGUAUUUUUUUAAUAUCUUUUUGAGCUUACCUUGAAGAAAAAAAGUGGAAUUUUGUAGUUGAGAUAGAGAAAAAACAAAGAUUUCAAGGUCAGAAAGAUACUCUUUUGUUUUUUGAAAAAAUUCGCCUUCAAAAGUUGCUGAGAAAAAAUAGCCGCGAAAAUUUGAGAUUAUACGCUCCAUGGCUAAUUUUCAGAAAAAUUUGUUUCUUUUGGAAUAGGUCCAGAAAAUUCCUAUUUUUUGAGUUACGAAGUUUUGGAAAAUGAUUCUGACCUUAAUUUUGGAAAGUCGCAUCUAGAAUGGCUCGACGCGUAGCGUUUGCGGAGCGGUUGCCCCCGACCAAAAACGACUUGGCCACGAUAGCAUCAUAAAGCAUAAGAUAAAGCUUUGAGCCAUUCCAAAUGCGACCACCGCCCAUUUGAUCCGUGUGACGACGGUUUUAUAAUGCGGACACUUUUUCCCACUCUCAAAUGUUUACCAAUCUUGACACGCCAAUCCAAUUUAAGUUUUGAUUAUAUUUUUUUCGCGCUCUUCCACCCGUCUUUUUCCAAUUUCCUUCACAAUUACCCAUUUAUUUCGCUUUCCGUUUGCCCUUCUUGCAAUUAGAAGAGGAGCCGACAAAGGCUGGCCGAAACCAAAGGAUAAAAAAUAUAACGUUUUGUUCCGUUGGGCCGACAAAUUGUUCGUCUUUUCUUUUUCCGGAAAGUCACUUUUUUAUUUUUUGCUUAUUUUUGAGUUGAUGCGCAGCGAAAUGUGUCGAAAGUUGGUUGAAAGUUAGGAAGCUGCUUGUUAUGGCUUAAAAUGUUGCUACUUACAGCUCAAAAAGAAAAUGUUAAACAUAUUUGAAAGCGAUUAUUUUUUGCAAAAAAAAGUUUGACGAGAGCCGGAGUCGAACCCGCGACCUUUUGGUGACACUUCGAAACCUGUAAGGUUGCCAAAUAUUAUUUUAGAGCUUAAAAAGGAACUUUUAAACAUAUUCGAGAGCGAUAUAUUUUGGCAAAAAGAAGUUUGUCAUGGGCGGGAGUCGAACCCGCAACCUUUUGGUGAUAAAUCAGCCUGUCACAAUGCUGGAAAAGAUAUUUUACAGAUUAAAAGGGAAUUUAAACUGAUUUGAAAGCGAUAAUUUCCGGCAAAAAAAGUUUGACGUGAGCCGGAGUCGAACCCGCAACCUUUUGGUGAUAAUUCGAAGCCUCUAAUGUCGCCGAAAAAUUAGAUUUUAGCGAAUUUCAGAAACACCUGCUGCCUUUUGAAUGGAUUUCCAAUAUUUUGUACCAAUUUCUUCAAACCGCGACACUUUAAGCCAUUCCCAACAGCUGCGCAUCAACUCUAAAAAUGGAAAUUGUUGAAAAAAGGAAGAAAUGCUGUAUAUUGGAUCAUCUUCGUAUUCAUUGAGCGCCUAUUGUAAACGACCGCAAUGUUACUGCAAAUGGAGGGUUCCGGUGGGUUUUUGAAUAUUAAAAAUAAGAUUUAUCAUUGGAGCACAUUUUCCCAAAAAAUUUUUUUUUUCUUUUUUUCGGUUUUUUAACACCUCACCGUUUAUAUAAAGAAAAUUGAAGAUUUUCUGAUUUUUUCACUUGAGGGAUCACUUGUCAGGGUCAUAUAUAACUGCUUUAUAUCCAGUUUCUUAUAAUCAUUUUUUUGAAUAAGAAACGAAAAAAAUCAGAAAAUUUUUUUUCAUUGAGACUUUCAGUUCAAAAAAUUUUUAAAAACUUCAUUUUUCAGCGAAAAUAUCCAUUUUAAUCCACUUAAGAGAUCACUUGCCGACCUGUCACCUAAAUAAAACUGUCAUUUUCAAUGUCACAACCGACACCGAAAAGGAAAACGAAACCCGAAAUGCAACCUUGAGGACGGCCAUUUUUCUCAUCAUUUGACAUUUGACGCCCCAUUCUUUCCCCCCACUCCGAAAAUGGAACUCUUUAUAGUUUUUUUUAUAAGCAGCUGUUAACUGGUCACACUGCAGCUGAUAACGAACGUGAUACAGAAAACACACAAAUUUGGACAUUUUUAUGGCCUUUUAUGGCAGAUUCUCACGUGCUUUCUCGUUAUUUUUGGCCUUUUGAGAAUUCUGCAGCUGUCUUAGAAGGGCGCUUUCUAGUACUGUUAGGCGCAAGUAGUUUUGGGUCGGUCGCAAGAAAUCGGACACUAUUAUGGCUUUUCAUGGCCUUUUCACAAGCGCUUUCUCGUUAUUUUUGGCCUUUUGAGAAUUCAGCAGCUUGUCUUAGGAGGACGCUUUCUAGUACUGUUAGGCGCAAGUCGUUUCAGGUCGGUCGCAAAAAGUUGGACCCUUUUAUGGUCGUUUCUCACGUGUUUUCUUAUUAUUUUUGAACCACCUUAACAUCUUCUUUUUGAGAUUUCUGCAGCUCAUUUCGAACUGUAGUUGGCGCUUUCCAGAACUGUGAAGCGCAAGUCGUUUUGAGUCGGUCGCAAGGAUUUUUUUAAAUUGUAUGGUCGUUUUUCACGUGCUUUCUGGCUUAGCAUUUUUUUUUUGAGGAUCCGGCAGCUUGUCUUGGGCGGGUGCUUCCUAGUACUGUUAGGCGUAAGUCGUUUUGAGCCGGUCGCAAGGAUUUUUUUUUAAUUUUAUGGCCGUUUCUCACGUGCUUUCUUGUGUUUUUGGCCCACCUUAGCAUCUUCUUCUUGAGUAUUUUUGCCCUGAGAAAGAUUUGUUAGUUUAGUGGCUUGGUUACAUGAUUUAUAGUACUACCAAGCGCAAGUCGUUUUAGAUCGGUCGCAGAAAGUUGGACACUUUCAUGGUCUUUCAUUGUCUUUUCUUCCUGCUUUUUUGUAUUUUUGGUCUACCUUAGGCAUCUUCUUUUUGAGAAUUUUUUCUCCGUGACUUGGUUGAAUGGUUAUAGUACUACCAAGCGCAAGUCGUUUUAGGUCGGUCGCAAGAAGUUUUAUAAUUGUAUGACCAUUUCUCACGUGCUGUUUCGUUGUUUAUGGCGCAGCCUCUUUUUUUGUGAUUUUUUGAGCUCGUUCUCAUCUUAGCCAGUUAACUCAUGGUAUCGUCUAGCGCAAGUUGUUUUUAGGUCGGUCGCAGGUAUUUGUAAAAUUUUAUGACCGUUUUUAGCAACUUUUUUUCAAAAGUUUUAAACCUGUAUUCAUCUCAAGAAAAUUCUGAUUUUCGAAGUUUUUCCUAGUGUUUUUUUUUUAUACAAGCGCAAGUUGUUUUGUGGUCGGGUGCAGAUUUGAAAGUAGUCCAAUCAGUAGAGUUGAUCUCUUUCUGGAAUUGCUAGAAUCUUCGAACUAUUUUAUUUUCAUGAUUUAGUUCGGUCUUUUUUUAAUUUUGAAAGCUUUUUUUAAAAAAUUUAUUGGGCUUAUUUUGGACUUACGAAACUUGCCGUCCUUUUUUUCUUCUGAAGAAAAAAAUUUUUAACGAUGAAAAAUCCAGAAAACGAAUGAACGAAGGCAUGAAUUGCGUGUUUCAAGGCGGGAAAACUGAACGGGGAACAUGUGCAACUAAUUACCCGCCAAAUGCACUGACACAUUUCUGCCAACGUUUCUUUUUGCUCCAGUUUUUUUUUUGGGUUUUAGAGGACUUUCGGCAUGCUUGAAAGAUCCUUCUGAGCUUCAAGAGGCUCAAUUUGUGAUUUUAGUUAGCUCCUACGAACUUCCAGACCUUGAAUUUAAAAUUUUAGCAGUGGAGCAUAUUUGGCCCCUUGCCAGGCGGCUGUUUUGAGACCUUUUUGAGAGUUUUGUCUGAACUUUGAGAGGCUUUUUUUGUGACUUUAUUUAGCUCCAACGAACUUCCAGACCUUGAAUUUAAAAUUUUAGCAGUGGAGCAUAUUUGGCCCUUUAUCCGUCGGCUAUUUUGUGAUUUUUUCGAGAGUUUUUUUUUGAGCUUCAUGAGGCUAUUUUUUCGUAUUGGGUUAGCUCUAACGGACUUCCAGGUUGAGAAUUUCAUAUUUUAGCAGUAGAGCAUUUUUGACUUUUUGCCAGGCGGCUGUUUUUGAGAUCUUUUUGAGAUUUUUUUCUGAGCUUGAAGAGGCUAUUUUUGUGACUUUAGUUAGCUCCAACGAACUCCCAGAUGAAGAAUUUCAGAUUUUAGCAGUAGAGCAUAUUUGCCCCCUUGCCAGGCGGCUAUUUUUGAGACUUUUUCGAGAGUUUUGUCUGAGCUUUGAGAGGCUCUUUUUGUGAAUUUAGUUACGAGCUCACUUUUUUUUUGAUCAAAGUUUUCGAAUUUCCACUGAUUCUGAUAUGCAAUGUUCACUAGAAAAAAGAAAAAGUCUAAUCCCAAAUAAUUUUUUUUUCAUAAAAAUUUUUUUCCCCCGAGAAAGGCACUGCAGCGGAAGUCUUUUGUUUGCGCAGAUCUUUUUUUUUCGGAGGAAAAAAUGCGGAAAAAGGCUUUUUGGCCUUUGUUUCAAGCUUUAAUGGCAUCUUAUGAACCGUGUUUUAUGUGUAGUUUGAACAUGAAUUUCUUUUCUUGUCUUACAUUCCUGUUUCAACUCACCUAAAUUAAUAUUUGGUUUUUAUUUAUGGGAAUUCCACGUGGAUCGAAUUUUAAUAAUGGAUCAGGAAAUUCCAAAAACUAGAGAUGAUAAGGAAAGUUUUUUUCGCGUCUGGCUGUCUCCGUUUAUUGCGCACUCUCUCACUAUCCCUGAUUAUAUUUUCCUAGAUUUUCGUGACCUUUUUCGCUUUUUAGAUUAGGAAGUAGGCCGAAAAUUCUAAAAGCUAGAGAACAUAGGGGAAGCAGAGAGUUCCAGAGAGACAAAGAAAUUUUUUCGCGUCUGGCUGUCUCCGUUUCUUGCACACUCUCUCAUCAUUAUUGAUUUUUUUUUUCUCGAUUUUCGUCAUUUCUUUCGCUUCUUAGAGUUGAAAAUAGGCCAAGAAUGUCUGAAACUAGAGAGUAUCAAGAAAAAAGAGAGUUCUAAACAGACAGAGGAACUUUUUGUGUCUGGCUAUCUCCUCUGUCUCCAUGCUCUCUAGCUCUGAUUUUUUUGAAUUGACUCAAUAUUUUUUAAGAUUGUCCCCCCAACAGUGGACUAUUUUUGAGCUUUUCCAUGAAAUUUCAAGCUCAAAAAAAUAAAAAUUUUUCUUUCAGAAUUCGACAAGCCAACCGAUGUUGAGCACGUCGGCUCGAAGUUAUCACACGUUGCCGAGACGGGUAUUUUUUCAAUUCUUUCAGGAUUUUUUCUAACUCAAAAUUUUUCAAUAGGCCGCAAAAGUGUUUUUUUUUGUAUCUGCGAAGUUUCAAUUUUAAAAAAAAUGAAUAGACGCGAAGUUUGUUACUUAUAGUUGUAUAAAAAAUUCUAAAAAUUUAGGGUAGAUUUUGCCCAAAAAGUGACGUCAUAGCUACAUAAAUGACGUCAUAAAAACUGGUAAAUUUUUUUUCAAACACUUCCCUGUUUUGGAAUAUUAUUAUUAGAGACUAACAUUUGUUUUUAAGUGAUGGUCCGUCUGUACUGAAAUUGUAGAGAAUAUUACUUAUUUUAGAGUUUUCUGGAGAUGUUAUGACAUCAUCUAUUUAUUUUUAUGACGUCAUGAAGCUUUCGGAUUUUUCGGAGGGAGUUAUAACGUCAAUUAUAAAGUUAUGACGUCAUUAGUCCCGGGGGAGGUUGAAAUAUUUUUUUCAAAAAUAUGACGUCAUCAAACGGGGGAGUUUAAAAUAUAUUUUAAUUCCUUUCCCGACGGUAUACUUUGACGGGUUUCAGUCAAGUUCUUAUGAAAUUAAAAUUGCGAAAUUUUUUUAUGACGUCAUAGCUUUAAUUAAUGACGUCACGAAUCAGAAAACCAAUUCAAUGACGUCACCGUUUAAGAAAGGAUAAAAAAAAUCAAUUUGAAAUUUUUUGACUUGGCAACAAAUCUGAAUUUCACAAGGAUUUGUUUAAUUUCCGAACUGAUCGUUCUUUAUGAACGUCCCGUCCAAAAACUAAUCUCUGUCCGCACUUUCGAGACCUCUUUUCAUGGGUUUUUUCAAACUGAUUGUUUUUUUUUAUGACGUCAUAACUUUAAUCAAUGACGUCAUGAAUUCAUAAAAAAAGUCAAUGACGUCAUCGUUCAAGUAAGGAUUAAAAAAAAAGCAAUAUAAAAUUUUUUGACUUGCCAAAAAACCUGAAUUUUACAAGGAUUCGUUUAAUUUCCGAACUGAUCGUUUUUUAUGAACGUCCGGUCCAAAAACUAAUAUCUAUCCGCACUUUCGAGACCUCUUUUCAUGUGCAAGGUCACUCCAUUUGUACAAAUACACGCGGGUCCAUGUCUUUUUUUUCUGUUUGAUUUGGCCGCCCAAAUUUGGCGCAAAAAGAGUGACCCCCUCUCCCCGCCAAAUACAAAAGAACCACUCAGAAACGUGUCGCUAUUCAUUUUUUUUUGUCCCUUUGAGGUUUGAUUUCUCGCAGUUUUAUACAGGUUUUUCUUUUUUUAGUAGGUGCUUCUUUGGUUUGAAAAUUCAACUUUGUAGGUUUUUUACAGGUUUUUAUAUUCAUAACUGACUGUUUUGUUUUUAUUGUAAAAUUACUCGGAAAAAUCCAAUUUUGAGAGAAAAAUGCAUGAAUUGAUGCAAGUUUAAAGGCGCAUCGACUCCGUUGGAAAAUGAAUUUUGACAAGAACAGUGGGAUUUUCGCCUAGCAAAUUCAUAAACGUUGCAUACUUUCAGAAAAAAAGAUUAUUUUUUUGUUUUUUUGAAAAAAAGUUGGAGAACGGAGGUUCGAGUCCUGUCCAGGGAUUUCUAAUUUUUGCCAUUUUUUUUUGACCAAAAAAGUUGUUUUUUCGGAUUGUUUUUUUUUUCAGUAUGAAUCUAUACUGAAAUUCCAUUUUCAUAAAAAAAUGUAUUGUUUUUUUAAAAAAAUCGAAAAAAAGAUCAUUUUUUUCUACAGAAAUACUUUUUGAAAAAAAUCUUUUUUUCACCAAAACUAGGGAAAAAAAGUUUGAUUAUUUUUUUCCAAACGCACCUCUGUUUAUUUUUUUCCGCUUCCCCCCAUCCAAAAAUCAUGAUUCAACGCUUUUUUACGAUUAAAACCAGAGAAAGUUGCUUUUCAAUGUGACAAAAUGCAUUAGGUUUCGAUAGAACUUUUUUACGUUGAGUGCUUUUUUUCGUUAUCAAAACAGAAACCUUUCACGUUAAAAGCUUUUCGAAAUUUUGAAAAUAAAACAAAAAUGAAAAUGUUGAUCGUAAAGCCGAGAUUUGUGUUUCACUCUGGUUUUAAUAAAAAGUGAGAAAAUAAUUUUGCGUUGAAUACAUUAUUAAAGUUUAAGCAUUUUUUUCAAAAUUGGCAAACGUUCAAAAAUCACACGGUUCGUGUCGAAAUUUCUUUUUCAACGGAGUCGAUGCGCCUUUAAAUUUGCAUCACAUAAUGCAUUUUUUUUUCUCAAAAUUGGAUUUUUCUGAGAAUUUUAACUAUAGAAACAGUCAGUUAUGUACAGAAAAACCCUUUUUCGUCAUUUUUGUUUUUUCGAAGCCAAAAUUUUCUCACAGAAGCCGUUUUUCUCAUUAGAGCGCGAAAGCUCUUGAUCUGACGCUCUGAUUUUUCAUCGGUGCUGUUCUUUUGGAGCUAUUAUUUUCUCGCGGCUCAGUUGUCUGGCGCUGAUUUAAUCAUUGGAGCGCAAAAGCUUUAUUUCAAGGCUCAAAAGUGGCUAUUUUCGUGAUGCUGGUGUUGAUAUAUUCUACACGGCGGCUAUUUUUUCUUGGUUUUUUUUUUUCUGGAACGAUUUUUCGGCUAUUUUUUUAGCCACUUUUUCAUAAUCAUCUCGAAACAUCACAAAUUCCGUGUCAAAUUGCCAUGAUUUUCAUUUUUUUUUUUUCCGUGCUACAGAACCCUUCGCUUCGAUGCGCGCGGACUGUCUUUGUGCAUGCGUCUUUAAAUAAACGGAAAUUUGAGGCCUAAUUAAAGGCGCAUAGAUGCAUUGAAAAAAGGGUCCUGUAGCUUCUGGAGAAGGGAAUCGUGACAAGGAAUGGUCUAUUUUCUUUGAAACCUUUGGCUAAAGGCUCAAAAUAAGGGCUUUUCUGGCAUGAUUUUUCAGCUGCGGCUAUUUUUUCUUAACUGAUCUUUCCUGGUAUAUUUUCACCACUUCAUUUUUUGGCUUGUAUUCAAGAUUUUUAAUUUUUAUAAUUUUUCCAGACUGCUAUUUUCACCUCUCAAUAUCUUGACAAAGAAUAUUCCAUUCAAGACUUUAGGUUGAUUUUUCGUCGAAGGAUUUUUUUGCGGUCUUACAUAGACCCUCUUGACCAUUUUCGCGUGUAUGCGUCUCUCUGUUCCCUCACCGGCGAGUCAGAGAAAAAUGAAAAUAGCGCGUCGACAAGAGAGACGAGGAGGGCGCAGAGAAAAAGCUAAGUCGCGAAAAACGGACUAUAGAUAUAGUCUGUUCAGAUUUUAAAUGUCAAGUCUUCGCUCAAGCUCCGCCCCUUAUGGUGCGAUGAACCAAUCAGAGAGCGAGCCAUCCACAGAGUGUUUUUGAAUGACGUCAUUCUUGACUUUCAAAAUCUGAACGGACUAUAUAGUCAAUUUUUCCCGACUUGAAAGGAGAGGGCGGCGGGGCAAGGGGCGGGACGCGUAGCGUGUGCGUACGCGGUUCUUGGCGCCAGUUCAAUUCAAUCGCCGCCGACUAUUUAAAAAGCUGGGAAACCACUUUUUUUCUGUAUUUUCUACUAUUUUUGAUGCACGCCUGAACAUAAUCAAUAAAUAAUUAAAAAAGGAGUGAAAAGAGCGAUAAAUGAGCUCUCUAAAUGCUCGCUGGCGGUUGAAUUGAACUCGCGCCAAGAACCGCGUACGCACACGCUACGCGUCCCGCCCCUUGCCCCGCCUCCCUCGCCUUUCAAGUCAGGAAUCAUUGACUGUACAGUUUGAUAAGUUUCCAUUCUCGAACAUCCUUGUCUCAUAAAAUACAGGUCAAAACAUACAUGUUUACGAGAACCGGGACGUGUCGGCUCAAUCCAAACCAUAACAUCAGCCGUAACAUAAACUGACAAUCAAAAUGGGCCGCCCGGCACAGUUGCAACCCCCUGAUUUGCCUGGCCUGAUUUCCUCGUCCUUCCGAAAAAAAGACGCGCGAGGCUUUUUUGUGGCAGAGCCACGCCUUGGCCUCCUCUUCCCAUUGUUCCCGAACACACCUGCGAUUGUGACUUUCUGAAAAGUUUUAGUCCUUUUUUAGAGUAGAAGUGAGCUUCUUGACGUCAUAGAAGUUAGAAAUAGGGACUUUGGACGGGUUUGAAAAAGGUUCUUGAGAUUUUUUAAGCUUGAAAAAUUGAUCUUUUUUUAAUUUUUGAGCUUACAAGUCUCGUCCAGCUCCUCCCGAAGACACCUGGGAUUGUAACUUUUCGAGAAAAAUAUCUGUUAUUUUUUUCAUUUUUUUCAAAAUAGAAGUAAGUUUCUUGACAUCAUAAAAGUUAGAAAUAGAGCAUUUGGACGGGUUCGAAGGCUUUUUCUUGUCAUUUUUAGCUUGAAAAAGGGGUCCUGGUCGUUUUUUAAUUUUUGAGCUUACAAAUCUCCUCCAGCUCCUCCCAAAAACACCUGGGACUGUAACUUUUCGAGAAUAUUUGCGUUAUUUUUCAUUUUUUUUUUUUUAAAGUAACAGUAAGCUUCUUGAGAUCAUUAUAGCCGAAAAGAGAGAUUUUAGACGGGUUUGAAGGUUUCUUCUUGAGAUUUUUAGCUUGAAAAAUGGAGAUCCUGACAGUUUUUUUUAAAUUUUCGAGCUUCGUAGAAAGAAACAAAAAAAGAAUAGUAGGCUUUUUAAUCAUAUUUUUUUUCUUGUAUAGGUUUGGAAAGGUUGACUUGAAUUUUAAAACAAAUGAAAACAAUUUGCUAUUUCUAAUUUAUGCACUUCCUGAAUGUUUUUAUACAAGAAUUCUGAAAAUUUAGACCAGAUUUUUGCUCAAAAAGUGACGUCAUAAAGCUGGUAAUUCUUUUUCGAACACUUCCCUGUUUUUUUGGAAUAUUAUUAAUCAAGACUAAAUUUUUUUUAAACUGAUGCAAGAUACGUAACCAUUUCUUCAGAACGAUCCAAAAAAUAUUUUUUUUACACUAUUCGAGAGUCCAAAAUAGGGAUUUUCUCUAUGAAUUUUUAGAGAGAAUUUAGGUUUUUCAGAAUUUCUUUGGUAGGAAGCUUUGGCAUGCAGAUCGAAAAUUUCAAAUUUUCACAGGUGUCUUUGAUUUUUUUUGAGAUGAGACUGUUAAAGACCCUGUGGAACUAGAAAAAAGCCAGCUGCGAUUCAGAUUUCCAUUCUCCUUCAGUUUUCGAAACAGUACUUUUUUGGUUAGUUUGUAAGAUUUUCAUGGCUUUUGGAGCACUUUUGAGACGUUUUUUCAGUUUUUAUGACUUUUUGAAGUCUUUUUGAAAUUUUCCGGGAUCAUUUUUGAGCCAUUCAGGUUCUAUGACUUUUUGCAGAAACAAAAAAAAACCCUUAAUUUGUUUUUUCUAGGCGGAACCAGAUCUCUAAUGUAACUCGAUCUCUUAAAAUCGUCUUUGGGGUCUUCAGAACCUGCUAAACUGGUAUUUCUACUCGACGUCGGCUUGUUCUGGCCUUAUUUGAGUGGCCAAUGUGUCUAUCUGUGAUAAUUAUAGUUUAGAGAAGUUGGAACCCUGAAUUAUAUUGAGAAAGAACCUUUCAAACCCGUCCAAAGGCCUUUUUCUGAGUGUUUUAAAUAGAAUUUCGAUGGAUUAUUUUUUUGAUUUUAAAAAGUUUUUUUGGGAUGUGAAAAAAAUGUAAAAAAAUUUCAUAAAUAGUCUUUUUUUCUAACUCCUAACAUCGUCUGAAACCCAUUUAGAAUAUUUUUAAAAAUAUUGAUUAAAUAUUCAUUUUUAAAAAUUUUUUUCAAGAAAAAAAGUUGUUCAGAAUGUUUUUUUAACUUUACUAAAAACAUCUCCUAAGCUUCUAACAUAAUUUUAUGAUUUUUGCAACUUUUCAAAGUUUAAAAAAGACCUUUUGAAACACUCGGAACAUAUUUAAACCUUUUUAAUUCGUUUUCACCCCACCUAACCUAGUAAAAAUAACUUUAACCUCUUAUAAUAAAUUCCUAAGACUCUUUUUUUACUUCCUUAUCAUUUUUUCCAAAAUUUCUCCCCUACUAACAUAUUCUGAAGUUCCCCCGUCAAACUAAAUCUGCAAGUUUGAGCGAAGAACGCCAAAACUACACUUUAUUCUCGCCUUAUUCUUUACGUCGGAAUGUGCCGAAAGCACUUCCCAGCUAUUCCUUAUGAACUCGUCCAGCUCCUCAAAAAACAGGUAAUUUUUCAUUAACCUGACGUCAUCUGCCGCCUUGGGAAGAGGCUUCACAUUACUUCCGCGCGCUCUGACCACCCGGUGAUCUCGUGGUGUAGUGGUUAUCACAUCUGUCUAACACACAGAAGGCCGGCGGUUCGAGCCCGCCCGAGAUCAAAUCUUUUUUGCCAUUUUUUUACACAUCAUUUUUCUUAUAUUUUGAUGUUCCAAGGUUGUUCUUAGGGCGCAAAAACCCAAGGAAGGUCGCAGCUGUGUGCAUAAAACAUGCGCGCCACCGCUCAAUGAAUCUUUAAUUGUUGGGUUUAUUGUCCGUUGUUUGGCUGAUUCCCAACACGUUUCUUUUUUGGUUUCUUUUUUUGAUUUUUUUCCUCAUUUUUUUGACGAUCCAAACCAUGAGCAGUUUUUCGAAUAUAGGGAGAUUACAAAAUCAGAAAAAGCGAAAAAAAUUUUUCAAAAAAAUCUAUCUGUAUUUUUUUAAUUUUAAAAUUUUUUUCUUUUUUUUUCUCAACCUAAAACCAUAAAUUUUCAUAUUGAAUCUCUCAUUUUUUUCUCAUCAAUUUCAAGUUCCGUUUUUUUCAUUUUUCUCAAAACACCCUUUUUGUUAUGAAUUUGUUCCCUUAACAAAAAAACGGAUCACUACAAAAGAUGAUUCAAUGGGAAUUCUUUCUUUUUUCUCGACUUUUUUUCAGUUUUUCAGAUUUUUUUGUCGAUUUUUUCUUGAAAAUCAAUUUAGGAGAAAGUGAUGAAAUUAAUUGAUUUUUCUAGGGGUUUCCGGUUUCAGUAUGAGGUAAUAAUUGAUAUUUUAUUGGAAUAAUUGUUUCAACAUUUUUUUAGAGAAAAUUGCGAGUUUUAUAAAUAAUAAUAGCUUUUCGAAAUUUUAAAACUAUUGAGCUUUUCCAGGCAUUCCUUUUUUGCCCUUUUCAGCCUUUUUAUUGAAGAAAUUCAAGUGAAAAUUCGAUUCUCCCUGUAUUUUUUUUCUUCGAUUUCUUCCAACCUGCACAAGCCUUCUCUGCAAACAAACACAGAUAUCGGUUUUGGGGCGGGUUUCGGUUGCAAAACCGUAAAAGGCGUCGGCUCCUCGACGACGACAAACACGGCGUUCUGUGUGUGUGUGUGCUCGGCGAGCCGACGAUCCGAUGAGCACAAGAGCCGAUUCUUCUAUUUCCGCCUCGCCCGCCCUUUUUUGUCUUUUAGUAGUAUUUUGUAGUGGUUUUAGACUGGUUCAACUACUCAAGGGACCACUUGAGAGCGGCAAAAACCUCCCUGAAGGUCUCACUUUAGCAAAAACUCGACUACCUACCUGUUCAAUAGUGACUAGCUAUAGUGAGAAUGGUUCAGCUUUGCAAGGACUUGUAAGUGACUACUUAAGAGCGAGAAAGUCCUCCCUGAACCUCUUACUUAACAAUAACUCUAGUGGCUACUUAUUGAAGAGCGAGCCACUCAAAUGGCCACUUGGAUUCCAGAGCCAAUUCUUUUAUUUUUGCCUUCAUUUCAGUCGCCUUUUUUUCUUAUUGUAGUUUUAGACGGGUAUAACUACUCAAGAACGUGUAAGUGACCACUUGAGAGCAAAAAAGAGAACCUUAAAGGUUUCAGUUUAGAAAUAACUCAAGUACCUACCAAUUGAACAGCGAAUAACUAUAGUGAGACUGGUUCAACUUUGUAAGAACUUGUAAGUGACUACUUAAGAGCGAAAAAGAUCUCCCUGAAGGCCUCACUUAAGCAGUAGCUCCCAUUAACUUAAGUGUGCACUUAUUGAAAAAAACAACUAACUCGUGAAAUUUAUUUUUGUUCAAAAAUUUUACUGAUCGAUCUACCAUUACACGAUAUCUUUUUAUCUACUCUGGGAAAACUUUUAGUGGCCACUAUAGAGGCUCGCCAAUGACUUCUUGGAGAGGACACUAAAGUGGCCACUAAACCCACCUCUAUAGUGGCCACUAUUUUCCGUUUUAGUGGCUACUCCAGUAGUUUUUCAUCCAGUGUUCCUUCCAGUAACUCUGAUAAUUUAAAAACAAACAGAUUGGACCAGUUAUGUUGAUCCAUUGACCCCUAAAGUGGCCACUAAGUGGUCUAGUAGUAGCACUUAGACCUCUAUAGUGGCCACUAAUUUUAAACCCCUUGAGUAGCCACUAAUUUGACCGCUAUAGGGGCCACUAAAACGUCAAGACCCUAUAGUGGCUACUGAAAAUUUUCCCAGUAGCUUCGCGAUCAGAACUUUAUAUGACUGUUCUGAAUUUCGGAGCGUUUCUGAAAAGGCCUCUCUUUGAUUUUGCCACGAAGAAAAUUUAUCUCGGUUUGAGCACUUUUUUCAAUUUCUUCUUCAAAAUUAUACUUUUCUAAGAUUUUCCCUAUCUUCGCACCAGGACAUAUUUCCAAAUCAGAGGCGUAUGAAUUUCAGAAUCGGCCCCAUAUUUAGCCAUGAAAGGCCUUUUUGUUUGUUUAUUUUGGCUCAUUUCCAGUGUUUAUUUUCCUCCUUUUUUUCUUUUUUUUUUAGACGUUUGCCUAUGUAGAUCACGUCAGUUUUCAGCUUCUUUUGAGGAAAUUGUGCCGUGUUAAAAGUAAUUUCGGUGAUAUUUCCUGAAAUAAUAUUAAUCGAAUAACGUGUCAAUUUUUUUCAAGUUGCCUAAAUUACUUUCAACACGGCAUUUGGAUUUUUGGUUCAAAGCGUCGCGGCUGCGAAGCGGUUUUAAAAAGGGUUCGUUCAUAAAGGUUGAGCGGUCAAUAUAUUUGAAUUUCAUCUUGAAGAAGCUUUUUCGCACUUUUUUUCCAAAUUUCCUUAAAACUACUUAUUUGAAGUCCAAGCUAAAAACUGUUUUUCAGAAAUUAGUCCAUUUAUACAUUUUGAAAGCCUUUAAGGACAGGAACUUCUACUGAAAAAAAGCUUUUUCUUCCCGAUUUUUUUCUAUAAAAUUUCUAACUACUUCCUUGAAUAUUGUGUUGUUCUUUGCCUUCUAAAAACACAUAUCCUAAAUGAACUAUAUUUUUUUGAACCAGGCCCAGGAAGAUUUUUGGGAAAAAAAGAGCAUUCAAAGGGCUCUGAGUGAUCUACAGAACCCUAAUUUCAUCUCAAAAAACUUUUUUUUCGUUCUAUUCUGUCAAAAAAAUGAUCAACUACUUCCUUGAAGACAGAGCCACGGACUUUUUUUAGAAAAAUAGUCCAUUAACAAAAUUAUGAAGAAAUCAAAGGACAGGAAUUGCAACUAGAAAAAUCUCUACCUGCCGUUUUUUUUUUCUCUCUGUUCCCUCAUCGACGAGAUCAGAGAAACAUGAAAAUAGCACGUAAACAGGAGAGAGACGUCGAGAGAUAAGGAGGGCGCAGAGAAAUUCUUAGCGUUUCAAGUCGCGGCUAUACAACAUUUUGAAGCUGAUUUUUUUUUGUCAACUAGAAAAAUUCCACUUCCCGACUUUUACUCCUCAAAAAUUCCCCAACUACUUCCUUGAGGACAAAGUCAAGAAAGGUUCCUUUUUUCCUUCUGUUCUGUUUUGCUCUUUGCACCUGGUGCUCGCGGAGCCGUCGCCUAAUCACCUUGUCGGAGUUUUUUUGGCACACAUACGAGACGCGGUCGCUCACGCGCACCUGCCCGUGCUCUAAAAUGCUCCAAAUGUCUCAUUUUUUCCCCCGGCUUUUCCUUGAGCUUCAUUGACUUCCUCCUUAAGAAAAACGGUUUCUUUCCAUAGGAGACCGUAGAUUCAUGGUAGAAUGAGCAAUAUUCAGCAAUAGGUCCUCAAAAGCAAGGCUCUCAUCAUUUUUUGUUAACCUGAGCAAUUGAUUGCAAUGAAGCUUCCAAUUUUUUCUUUUUUGGCUUUUCCCUGAGCUUCAUUGACUUCCUCCUUAAGGAAAACGGUUUCUUUCCAUAGGAGACCGUAGAUACACGGUAGAAUGAGCAAUAUUCAGCAAUAGGUCCUCAAAAGCAAGGCUCUCAUCAUUUUUUGUUAACCUGAGCAAUUGAUUGCAAUGAAGCUUCCAAUUUUUUCUUUUUUGGCUUUUCCCUGAGCUUCCUUGACUUCCUUUUUAAGAAAAACGGUUUCUUUCAUAGGAGACAGUAGAUACACGGUAGAAUGAGCAAUAUUCAGCAAUAGGUCCUCAAAAGCAAGGCUCUCAUCAUUUUUUGUUAACCUGAGCAAUUGAUUGCAAUGAAGCUUCCAAUUUUUUCUUUUUUGGCUUUUCCCUGAGCUUCCUUGACUUCCUCCUUAAGGAAAACGGUUUCUUUCCAUAGGAGACCGUAGAUACACGGUAGAAUGAGCAAUAUUCAGCAAUAGGUCCUCAAAAGCAAGGCUCUCAUCAUUUUUUGUUAACCUGAGCAAUUGAUUGCAAUGAAGCUUCCAAUUUUUUCUUUUUUGGCUUUUCCCUGAGCUUCCUUGACUUCCUUUUUAAGAAAAACGGUUUCUUUCAUAGGAGACAGUAGAUACACGGUAGAAUGAGCAAUAUUCAGCAAUAGGUCCUCAAAAGCAAGGCUCUCAUCAUUUUUUGUUAACCUGAGCAAUUGAUUGCAAUGAAGCUCCAAAUGCCUCAUUUUUUUUCGGCUUUUCUUUGAGAUUCAUUGACUUCCUCUUCAAGAAAAACGGUUUUAAUUUAUAGGUGCAUGUUAAAAUGAGCAAUAAUCAGCAAUAAGGUUUUGAACUGGAGAUUGUCAUCAUUUUCGUUAACAUGAGCAAGUGACUGCAAUAAAGCUUCGCAUUUUCCCUUUUUUUUUGGCUUUUCCUCGAGCUUCAUUGACUUCCUCCUUAAGAAAAAUGGUUUUUUUUUCAUAGAAGACAGUAGCUUUUUUGGUAGAAUGAGCAAACAUGAGCAAUUGAUUGCAAUGAAGCUUCCCAUUUUUCCUUUUUUGGCUUUAUUUUUUUAGGGUUUCUUUCAUAGGAGACGAUAGUUUUUGGCGAAAUGAGCAAUAUUCAGCAAUAAGGUUUCAAGAGCGAGGUUUCCAUCUUUUUUUUUAACAUGAGCAACUGAUUGCAAUGAAGCUUCCCAUUUUUUUUUCCGGCUUUUUCUCGAGAUUCAUUGACUCCCUUCAUGAGUGAAGUUGUAAGAUGAGCAAUACAUAGCAACAAUUUUGUUGUGAGAUCAAUAUUUUUUCGUUGUAAGAUGAGCAAUACCUGGCAAUAAUUUUUCGGCGGGAUACAUGUUUUUUUUUCAGCCCAAACACCUUCAGAAUUCCAAAAAAUGUCCUUUUUCUAACAUGAGCAAUAAAGAGCAAUAAAAAAAUCCACUCGCCUCCUUUUAAAAAAAAUCAGAAAAACCAGCUGAAUUAUAAAAAUUUUUCAUGGCUAACAUGAGCAAUAUGCAGCAAUAUUUAGCUGCAUAUUGCUAUUUCACUUGAUAACUUUUUUUCUAGUUUUUCUUAUAGAGUUGUAUUAUUAUAAUUUUCGAAAAAAUAUCUGGAUGUUUCUAACAUGAGCAAUAUAGAGUAAUAUGGGCUAAAUAUCAGCUUUUUAUUAGGUUUUUUUCCGAAAUUCAUUCAGUUUUUUUCAAUUUUUCCUUUGAAAAAUGAGUUUUAAGAACUUCAGAAAAAGUUAAAACUUUAUGAAACGCAAUCCGCGUCACCACUUGAGCAAUCCCUUGGGGACCAAAACCAGAGCUGCUCUCCAAUUUCGCGCGCGACACUCGCAAAAGGACAAGGGGAAAUUAAUUAAUUAGUGUCCCUGCGUCCCGUUGAGCGCAUGCAAAUGAAUGGAACGUCCCGCCGUUUUCCGUCCAAAUAUCGUUUUGUCCUUUUCCUGGCCAAUAUUUCACUGAUUUUCUUUUAGUUCAUUUUUUUUAAUUUAUUCUUUUGUUCAUGCAAAACCAUUUUAGGUCUUUGAGAUCAAAUAGAAAAAAAAAUCGGUUUGAAACUUUUUUCGAGUUCUGCAAGUUUAAAUCUUCACACUUUGGGGUGUUUUGUCGUUAUUUUUAAUUUAUUUUUCAUCAUUAUUACAGUAAUUUUCUUGGUAAAAUUUAAUAACUAGUUCUUUGCUCAUCUCAUUAAAAAUUGAUAUUUUCAAAGCGAACACCAGGAGUCGAAUUUCAGUGGAAACGUGGGAAUUUGAAGAUGUUCGUUGCUUCGAAAAGGAUAUUUAGAGUAAGGAUGCUGACUAUAGUGUAACAGAAAAGUGAAAUUUUCUAUCCUGUUUUAUUGCUCAGCUUAGAUCUUGUUAGCCGUUUAUUGCUCUUUUCAGUCUUCAGCUUGCCUUGAAUGCCCUAUGGCCAUCAAGAUUAUAGAUUUUCAUGAUAAGAUUAAAAAUAACAGUGAAUUCCCAAGAAUGUUGAUUACAGAGCUGAUCUAGAUCCCUUUAGGGCAAUCUUAGUGGAGCUCUUGAAGGCUCCCCUCUAGGGACCACUUCACCUCCCCCUUUAGGGACCCCUAAUCUCCAGAGGUUCAGUUAGUGGCCCCUAUAGGGGACGAUUAUUGCUAUAAACUUUAUGGGAAGACUCAUUUCCAUGCGAAAAACUCAAAACUGGAAAAAAAAAAGUUGGAAGGCCCUGUAGGAACCACUUGAGAUUUAGGGCCUCAGAUUUCUGACCCUAAACCCCUAUAGGGAAGACUUACAUUGUAUCCUCUUUAGGGGGCACUUUUUGUCCCUUAAAAGGGCUGUUUUUCCUCUAACUCCUAUAGGGACCACUUGAGAUUGAGGGCCUCAGGGAUCCGACCCUAAACCCCUUUAGGGACCACUAAAGUUCUACCCUUAUAGGGGCACUUCUUGUACCCUAAUAUGGCUGUUUUUUCCUUUAAUCCCUAUAGGGAAUACUUGAGAUUCAAUAGCUCAGGGAUCAGACUUUAAACCCCUAUAGGGGGCACUUUUCGUCCCUUCAUGAACCUGUUUUUUCCUUCUAACCCCUAUAGGGACCGCUUGAGAUUUAGGAGCUCAGGGGUCAGACUUUGAACCCCUAUAGGGGUCACUUCUCGUCCCCUUAUGAAGCUGAUUUUCCUUCUAAUCCCUAUAGGGACCACUUGAGAUUCAAGAUUUAGGGCCAGACUCUGAACCCCUUUAGGGAACACUCUGGCCUUCUGAAGAUUGGCGGAAUAGCGUGCAAAAAUGAGAGAUUUUGUGAGAUUCUAGUUGCGAAUCUAGUAUUCAGUAUGAAAAUGCUCAUCCAAGCUAGGAGAAUUUCUCAAAUUGACUAAAAAAGGCAAGAGGAGGAGGCCAAAAAAUGCCAUUUUCCCACGACCGCCUUCAGGCGAUUUCUCCUCCUCCCCUUCUUUUUCUGCCCCUCCAAAAACAACUUUUCCUUUUCCAGCAUCUUCCCCCGUUUUUCAUUUCUCAUUUCUCUCACUCGACAUCCCGUCUCAGCGACUUUGAGUCAACUGAAAAAUUCAUAGAGCUGCCAACCCGAAAUGGCAACUUUUAAAGGACGGAUAGUACACUUUUCCCCUUUUUUUGAAGUUUGAACUCGAUUUUUUCGAGGAUCUUGUUGAAAUAUAGCACAAUAUUUCAUUUUUUCCUUCUUUCUGAAGAUUUAAUUUGUCUUUUUUUUGGAAUUUGAAGUUGUUAGGCCCUUUUUUCCCUUUUUUUCAAGCUUAGAAUGAAAAAAUCACUGGAAAAUUCCCCUUAAGUGGUCACUUGCUAUAAAAAGUCCUUGCAGCGCCCUUAAGUGACCACUUUGAAUGCAGAGCUCCUGUGUUCUUAAGUAGCCACUAAAUGUUACAUGUAAAUUUCACUUAAGUGAUCACUUACUAUAAAAAGGCCCUCGAAGCAGAUCAAAGCGCCCUUAAGGGGCUACUUUGAAUGCAGAGCUUCUAUGUUAGUUUCCAAGCUCACUUAAGGGGUCACUCAAAAUUAUUUGAAAAUUUAAAGGAUCACUCCCACUUAAGGGAUCACUUCCUAUAAAAAAGCCCUUGAAGCGCCCUUAAGGGGCCACUUUGAACGCAGAGCUUCUGGGUUUUCAAGUGGUCACUAGAAUUACUUGCGAAUUUCCCUUAAGUGAUCACUUCCUAUGAAAAAGCCCUCGAAGCAGAUCAAAGCGCCCUUAAGGGGCUACUUUGAAUGCAGAGCUUCUAUGUUAGUUUCCAAGCUCACUUAAGGGGUCACUCAAAAUUAUUUGAAAAUUCCACUUAAGGGAUCGCUUCCUAUAAAAAAGCCCUUGAAGCGCCCUUAAGGGGCCACUUUGAAUGCAGAGCCCCUGUAUUCUUAAGUGGCCACUUAAAAUAACUUGCGAAUCCUCCUUAAGUGAUCACUUAAAAUAACUUGCGAAUCCUCCUUAAGUGAUCACUUCCUUUAAAAAUGCCCUUGAAGCGCCCUCAAGGGGUCACUUUGAAUGCAGAGCUUCUGGGUUCUUAAGUGGCCACUUAAAAUCACUUGCGAAUUUCCCUUAAGUAGUCACGUAUCUUGUUUUAUUAAGGGGUCAUUUGAUUAGUCAGAGAAAAUUUGAGUGGCCCCUCUAGGGAACUGAACCCUUUCAUUAUAACUUUGGUACCAAAUAAGAGCUUUUUUAAAUAAUUUUUUUUAACUUUAAGGUUUUUUUAUUGACCCUAAAGUCACACCUAUAGUGGCUCCUUGAUUUUUUUUUGAAAUAAGUUUUUUUCCUCACCAAUCCAUGGACGCAGAAAAAAUGAAAAUGAAAUGAAAAACCGAUCUUUUGUCUGAAAAAUUUCUUUUGUUUCUCAUCUCUUAUCAUAUUAACCUUUCAGUUCUCAUUUUUUUCUCGACAACAAAAAGUCUUGAAUUUUUUUGAAAAAAAGUCUCAAAAUUGUCAAUAAAUAGUGAAGAAAGUUACGUAGGACCCGUCGACUUUUAUUUGGAAUUUUAGGCCGCCGCAUUUGUCAAAAACAAACUUUUUGUAGGAUUGAAGAUCAUUUUCGAGUUUCUCGAGUAAUAUAUAUUCUUCACAAAAGUUGAAUUUUCACUGGAGACGUUUUUAAUAACUUGAAUAUUGCUCAGACUACCUCAUAUUUGGAUUUCCAGGCCACCAUGUUUUUUUUCAUAAUUUUCGCCUAUUACCUAUUUAACGUUAUGAUUCUUGAUAAAAAAAAUUUUGAUCUUUACGAAUUUCAAUUUAACCUACCUAUUGCUCAGACUACCUCAUAUUUGGGUUUGCAGGCCGCCGUAUUAAGAAUUUUCUCGAAGCUUUCUAAUACUGUCUUCAGACAACUAUGUGAUGCUUUAUAGAUCUUCACGACUUUCAAUUUAACCUACAUAUUGCUCAGACUACCUCAUAUUUGGAAUUCCAGGCCGCCAUAUUUUAUAAAAUUGUGAUGCUUGAUAAGAAAAACGAUCUUUACGACUUUUUUCAACCUAACUAUUGCUCAGACUACCUCAUAUUUGGUUUUCGAGGUCGUUAAUUUCUUCUUUAAUUCCUAUAAACGCUUUUAAUAUUAUUUUUCAAAAAAGAAUGCUUUUUACAAUUUUUUAAUAGACGCAAGUACAUGUAUUCCUCAUGUUACCCAAUAUUUGGAUUUCCAGGCCGCCGUUCUGGCGAACUCGCAAUCGCAGCAGGCAAUGCUGUCGCUGUCGACACAGCUCGCUGAAGUCCGGCUAGACACCCAGAAAAGCGAAAAAUUCGAGCAGAAUGUGAGUUUUUCCGAGUGAUAAUGGCAAAAACGGGGACGAGAGUCGAACCAGGAACCAUUUUUGCGUUAUUUUAGAGGUUUACCAGCUGAGCCAUGGCUUUUUUACACAUUAUUGAAUUUUAGAAAGCAUUUCAGGCAGGUUUUUUUUAAUGGAUUUUAAGAUUUCACAUUUGAUAAUGGCAAAAACGAGGGUAGGGCUCGAACCAGGAACCCAUUUGAUGGCAGUUUUUAGCUUGUGGAGUUGGGCCAAAAACUUUUUUUAUAGAAAAAAAUUGGGAGCUACUAGGCUUAAGAAAAAAAUUAAGCUGAAUUAUUAGGUGAAGAAAAAAUAAUCAAAAAAAUGGCAAAAAAACGAGGAUAGGAAAUGAACCAGGGACCCAUUUUCCAUCAGUUUUCAGCUUUAAGAGUUGGGCCAUUGUUGUAUAGAUUUAAUGGGGAGCUACUGAGUUUAGAUCGAAAAUCGGUUGAAAAAUUGAUUGGAAAAAUGGUUUUAAUGGCAAAAAGGAGGAUAGGAUUUGAACCAGGACCCAUUUGAUGACAGUUUUCAGCUUUAAAAUUGAGCCACAGCUUAUUUUACAGUUUGUAUUGAAAGCUACUGAGGUUGAGAGAAACGUUCAGACUGAAUUUUGAUUUUUCUUUUUUAAUAAGUGAAGAAAAUCGAACCAAGGACCCUUUUUACAUUAUUUUGGAGAUUACCCGCUGAGCCAUGAGUCUAUUUUCAUUCUGAGAUGUCAUUUCAUCCGUUUGAGACUUUAAAAACUUCUUAGAAAUCUGGAAAUUUUCUGAAACUUUUGCCGGGUCCCGGGAUCGAACCUGUGGCCCUUCAGACCGUAAUCAAGAGCUCAGCCGCUGCUCCAAGCAAGUUUUAAUGAACAUUUGCCGAUUUCAGGACCUGGUGCUGCACAACGACGGGACGGUGUUGUCGGGAAGCCGCGACGCCCUCAUCAGUCGCCUCGUUCCGUCGCGCGACUUUUGUCCCGACAGUUCUUACAUUUUCGCCCUUCUCGUCAACGUUCGCACCUUCAUAUCGCCGCCCGAGCUCAUGCAGAAAAUUGUCCAGGUAAAGCCAAAAAUCAGGUCGCUUUGGAGGGGAAUCGAACCCUUGACCUCUGGAGCCUUGUGAAUAUGGUUUUAGAAGAGAAGAUCUGAAUGAAAAUGCAUCAGAAAAAAAUGGCAAAAAAAGUUUUUCAUGAAGGGGAUUCGAACUUGUGACGUUUUUGGUGAUAUUCUAACAGUUCACCAAUCGAAAAAUAAUUCACCAAUCCGAACUCAUGCAGAAAAUUGUUCAGGUACUUCUUAAAAAAUGCCAAAAAUCAGGUCGCUCUGGAAGGGAAUCGAACCCUUGACCUCUAGAGCCUUGUAAAUUUGAUUUUAAAACAGAAUAUUUGAAUGAAAAUGCAUUAGAACUAACGGUUUUAUCGAUUUAAAAAAUGGCAAAAAAAGUUUCCUAGAGAGGACUCGAACUUGUGACCCAUUUACUCUACUUUUAAGCUUUCCCAGGUUGACUAACGGGUUUCUAUUUUUUCUCAGUUUUUUGGAUACUGAAUUCAAAUUUUUUAUAUAUUGAAGUUCGUUCAGAUUCUCUCGAAAAAUCGUUCAACUUGGAAAAAAUUCAAAAAACGCCAAAAUAAUUUUUCCUGAAAAGGAUCCGAACCAACGACCUUUAUAGCACCAGAUAUUUCAAGAACGCGUCGAAAAAAGGCCAUUUCCCAUAGUUUUUUGACGAAUCGCUCCCGCGGGUGUCGCGGAAAUUUCAUUCGGCCGACGAAAAUAGUCCAAAAGAGGGCUUUUUGGUGGGAAUUAUUGAAAUGUGAGCGUUUUUUUCGCCGUUUUGAAAAAAUAUAAAAGAGGAGCUAAAUAGGCAAAAAGCUAGGCUGUGGCUCAGAGGGCUGUUGGUUCGAAUCCGGUUGAGGUUUUUGCCAGAAAAUUCAAUAAAAAUCGGAAAAAAGGUCGCAGGUUCGAGUCCUGCCGAGGGAAUUUAUCGAUUUUUGCCGUUUUGUAAGAUUAUUUAAAGUCAUUAAGUGAACUUAAUGUGUUGAGAAUUUUAUAUUUGGUCUUGGGAUCGAAAAAAAACUUUAGUAGCAAUUUUGAAAGCUUGAAGAAGCAUCAAAGCUUCAAAAUUUGCAAACUAGACUUUUUUUCUUUGAAUUUAAAGAUUUCAUCAAUUAUACGAAGAAUUUUCAGUACUGCAUGUUCGCCCAAAACGCCGACGCGCACAAUUUUGCGAAAGAAGGCCGCGGCCGAAUGUUCGCCCACAUUUUUCGCCUCUGUUCCGAGUGGGCCACCAAUAUUCCCUAUGAUUUUCGGUCAGAAUACAUGAGGACGAGGUAAAUUUAUCAAAAGUUCAAAAAUGUGUGUUUUUUGACUGAAAACUGUUGGAAAAAUUUAUGAAAUAAGAAAAAUUAAGGCUUAAUGAGCUGCUCCGAUUGUGCUCCGUGGACAAGUCGUACCAACAUCGAGUGACGGACCUUCAGUCUAAUUUGCGCGCUUCGGUAUGUUUCUUUCUUUUAUUUUUGAAGAAGUCUGGCUCAUUUAAUGUCUUGAAAAAUUUUAUUAAAUCGACAACAAAUAUUUCAUGCCGACCGAAUGAUAAUGAAAAGACUAGGAAAAAUCAGGGAAACUAAAAAAAAACGUGAAACUUAAAUUUUGCGCGUCAUUUCAAGAGUUUUGUGUGCAUCACAUUAUUACGUCCAAAACACUGGACGCUACGACAACACGGCAAAUUUCGAAAAUAAUCAUCUUUUUUGCGAUUUUUGAACAAAUCAAUCAAUUCGUGUUGUUUCAGUUGAAUAAAUUGGAAAGAUACGAAAAAGCCGUGACGAAUCUACAGAAAAACGCUCGCCGGAAAUGUUCAGCAUCCACAGCAAUUCGAUAUUUUGGUAAGUUUAUUUUUUUCCGCUUUUUCAAAAAUAUCGUUUAUAGUUUUCAUUUAUCGAAAAAAAUCAGUUAAGGUUUAUUUCAGGUCGGAUUAAUAACCCUAUGCCCUGACCCGAAAAUUGUCGCCCAGCAAUUGGCACAUAUUGAAAUGGUCGGUUUUUUUUUUAGUUUUUUGGAGUUUUUGAUUUUUUAAAACUAGAUCCUCUUUGCGAUUAGUUUUUUUUUGUUGUUGUUUUGUUUUUGUUUGUCAGAAUUCGUUCAAUUUUUUUUUUCAGGAACGAUUCAGUAUGGUCGGAGUCGACGAAAUCGUCACCUCUUUGGCCACUGACGAUUUGGCGGAUAUUGGAAGGCAUUCUAAGGUUGUUCAAUACGAGAAUUUUGAAUUAUAGUAAAUUGGGCGAAAAAAACAGUUUUUUUAAUAAUUUUUUGCAGAAUUUUAUAGACCUUUGUACCGUUAGAUCUAUUCAUUUUGCACUAAAAACAGUUGAAAAUAUUUGUGGUGUUGAAAAAUUAUUUUAAAAGUCUGAAAGUGAGAAAACGUAUUCUUAAUUUGCAAAUCUAUCUCAAGAAUUUCGAAAAAAAAAUUCCAAAAGUGCUCUAGAAAAAUGGCAAAAAUUGCAAAACCCGGACAGGAUUCGAACCCUCGACCUCUAGAUCCUCGUUUUCAGGCUCAAAACGGCGUCUGCUCCAUCGCUUUCUACAUUGAAUGGUUCAACAGAUUGUCGGCUUUUUCGGCGAUUGAAGUUCUCAGGCAGACUAAAAGGAGGUACUUGAUAAAAAGUAUAAUUUUCGUCAGAUUUUGGCGAUUUUCUUCAAUUUUUUUGUAAUAAAAUGUCAAUUUCCAGGCAUCGAGUAGCUGUGGUAGAGUACCUGAUCGACGUCGCCAAAGAAUGUUGCGAAAUCGGGAAUUUCAACUCGAUGAUGGCCAUUGUAGCUGGAUUAUCAUUGCCUUCAAUCUCUAGGCUCAAGAAAACGGUCCGAGUUCGGUUCCUCUCGAGGGCGGAUUGAUUUUUGCGUUUUUUUAAAGUGAAUUUAAAGAUGGAGACCAUUUUUCGCAUCCUAAUUCAGAUCCUAGAAGUUGUUGUUUCGAAAGUUUUUCAACGGAAAAAAAUUAUUUUUUUCCUUUUUUUGUUGAAAUAAUUGUUUCGGAACGGUCUGAUUUCAAAAAUUAUUGUCCUUUUUUUAGAACUUGUAGAUUGACCUACCGAUAGACUCCGCCUCUUUUUUUGAGGAGUACUGUAGGUAGAAUACGGUAAAAUUUGAAAUUUUCCUUUUUUUUCUACUGAAAAUGAUGUUUUUUUAUAAGCGUUUUUUUGUGUUGGAAACUUUUUAAACUAGGAACAGACUCCGCCCCUUUCUUAAAAGAGUACUGUAGAGAGAAUACGGUAGAUUUUUCAAUUCUUCGUUGUUUUUAAACAAAAAAGUGAUGUUUUCAUGAGCAUUUUUUUGUGUUGGAAACUUUUUGACUAAAAAAAUUUUUUAAAAUUACGGACAGACUCCGCCUCUUUUUUUGAAGAGUACUGUAGAGAGAAUACGGUGAAUUUUGCAAUUUUUCAGUAUUUUUUUUUCACGGAAAAGGAUGUUUUCAUAAGCGCUUUUUGUGUUGGAAACUUUUUUUUAAUUAUCUUCCUUUAAAAAAAAAAUCGAUUUUUUUAACUUACGGACAGAUUUCUAAAAAAAUACUGUAGGUAGAAUACGGUAAACUUGCCAUUUUUCGGUAUUUUUCAAUGAAAAAUGAUGUUUUUAUAAGCGUUUUUGUGUUGGAACCUUUUUUUUAAAUUAUCUUCCUUUUUUUAAAAAAAUCGAUAUUUUUUUAUUUACAGUCAAGCUUUUUGAGGAGUACUGUAAAAAAACACGGUAGAUUCGCAAUUUUUUUCGGUAUUUUUUUUCAACAAAAAAACAAUGUUUAUCUGAAAUUUUUUUGUAUAUCAAAAAUUUUUUUUCUUGAAAAAAUGACCACUUUUUUUCCGCUUUCAAUUAAAAAAAUAAAUGAAUAAAAAAACAUGAUUUCAGUGGUGCCGAGUGGAGAAAAAGCAAGCUGGAAAUUCUUCAACAUCAGCUGGACCCAAGUGGAAAUUUCCUCUCCUAUCGAGCCACAAUGAAAGCCGCUCAAUGGAGGGCUGACAGUGCCCGGGCCAAUCAGCCAAAGGUUUUUUUCCGGAAUUUUUAUUUUUAACGUUAUUUUUGCGGUCUAAUUUUCAUUAAAGGACCAAACUCAAUUUUAUUCACCGUGUAUUGUAUAGAAAAGUGUGUGAAAAGUUUUAUUUUUUCAUUUUUUAUUUUGGAGACAUUACUGUUUCAGAAACACUCACUCUAGCUUUUUCGUUAAUUGAAAUUCACCGUUUGAUUCAAUUAUCCAUGAUGCUCAAGCGCGCAAGCCUUUUUGGGUCGGGCGCAAAAGUUUUUUCAGUGAAAGGUGACGAAAAUCCACUAAAAGAAAAAUAUUAAAAAUUAGAUAUCAUUACUGUUUCAACAUUUUUUUAUUUUCAACAAAAAUUUAUAAUUUUGUUUUCAAUUUAUCCAUAAGACAGGAGAGCCAAAUUUUUUUAAAAAAAUUUUUCAAACUUUAUUAUUUUUUUCUUACAAGCCAUUCCAAAUGCGGCCAAGUUUUAAAAAUGAGUAAGUUCAAAUUCAUACUGAGAUUUGAACUUUUUUGCAGAUAGUUAUACCAUUUUUCGUCCUGCUCCUCAAGGACCUCUUUUUGAUCUACCAUGGCAGUCCGAGAUCCCUUCCCAACGGCCAUUUGAACUUCCUGGUUAGUUUUUCCCUCUCAUUAUCGAUUUCAAAUCAAAGAUCUCCUCUCAAGGAUCCAGAAAAUAUGCAUUUCGAAACAUAAUUCCAAUUUUGAAGCAAAUUAUGACAAUUUCAAGGCGUUUGCCCAAUUGGCCGACCAGCUUCGUGACGUCAUCACCUGGAAAUCCAACGUCUGCUCCUUCGAGAAGAAUCCCCAGGUCCUGCAGUAUCUGCUCAUCACGGCGGUGACUGGAGAGAAAGGUUGGCUCAGUUGGUUGAGGCUUUGUCCAUCGCUCGAAGGGUCGAGGGUUCGAGUCCCACGCAGGGAUUUCUUUUUUGCCAUUUAUUUUUUGAGCUUCUAAUGGUUAUUAAUGACUAGGGAAUACUCAGAAACCCUGUAGACUUCAAAAAAAUCGCACAGCAACAAUUUUUAAGCUUCCAACUAUUGCUCAUAAGGUCGCAGGUUUGAAUCCGGUCGGUUAAAAAGUUUUUUGCUGAUCUCAUUUUUUAAAUCCAUUUUUAACUUUAGCCCAGUUGAUUGCAUCGUAUGAAAUUAUUGAAAUUCAAUUUUCAAAAAAUUCAAAUUUUUUUAAGGAAAGGGGUCCCUGGUUCGAGUCAUACCACCGAAUUUUUGCCAUUUUGCAGAUUCGAUGAUAAUGUCCUUCGAAUGCGAACCCCCAGAGUCUUCCACGGAACGCGAACAACAUAAAAAACUCAAGUCCAAAUAG